UCGCCACCGCUUCGCUGAGAUCCCCUCCGCGCCCCCUCCGCCUUCCUUCCGCGACUGCGCCUCGCGCCGACGUGACGCGACCUGCCUCUGCUUAUCCGUCUCUGGGCCGGCGGGUGCCUGCUACAUGUUCGACCAAAUGGUUCAGCGCCCGUUUCUCCUUUCUCUUACUAGUUUUACAACUUCCAGAAAAUCGUGAUCCUGGUCUACCAAGCCCUAUAGUUAGCAGUUCCAUCUGAACCCGCCACUGCCAUCACCUCGAACCGGGACUCUGGAAAUCCAACUGGUUUUGAUCAUUCUGUACCAAGUCUGCAGGCAUUUGACCUAUCGCCGAGCUAGCGUCAUCAUCGGUCAAGGAAAGGGAUGUUUCGGCCUAGUACUUUGUCAUCUCUAUACCUGCGACUUUAUUAACGGCACAUUUAAUACUGAAGUGUUAAGAAUGUUAAUGUUCCAAACCAUUUUUAUGAAUGCUUAGUCCCCAUGGCAUGUUUGUUUAUGCCAGCCCUGUUUUGCAAGUGAGAAAGCUACGGCCUUCAGACUGCAGGGGCCAUUGAAGGGUUUGACGCUUCUUUUAUCACUGUUCUCAACAUUUUCUAAACAUAAUGGGUUGCAUUGCAUUCAUGUGGCUUAGGGACAAAGAAAGCGAGCUGGUUAAUUCAGCUAUGUACUUGAUUUUAAAGAGAAUACUUAAAGAUCUACUCCAUAUGCUACAGGUUUGGUCUUACACAUUUCAGGAAAAAGCUAAUGAUUUGAAUCCAUUUGAUUUGUGUUGAAUGAUGGGUGAUUGUUAAUUUGCAGUGUAAAAUCUUGUUCUGUCCUGUCAUACAAUUACCUUAUCCACUCUGAUACGGUUUUUCUGUUUGCAGCAGGGUCAUGGUUCAUCUUUACUUCAAGAUCUAACUCUUGACGUCAUUAAACUCUGCAAAUAUGACCAGCUUCGAUCUGCUUCGAACUUGUGGUUUCAAUGUGUGGUCAAAAUUACGAAAAUUAAGAAGCCUUGAUCUAUCUGGAAAUAUCUUGAGUGCCGAUAGCAUCCGAUCCCUAGUUGCAGUUUCAUCACUACGGUGCCUGUCCAUCAGUUCAAAUGACUUGACCUCCCCCGUGGCGAUCCAACAUUUGACUAAAAUGAAGCUGGAUGCUCUUGAUCUAAGCUAUAAUGCAUUCAACAGCACCUUACCAACAGGUAUUUGCAACAUGGAAAAUCUUGAAGAAUUAAAUCUUCGUAGCAAUACGUUGUUUGGAGAGCUUCCAUCGUGCAUAGGGAAUCUUACUUCUCUCAGAAUCCUGGAUCUGUCGAAUAAUUUGUUUACGAUAAAGUUUCCCUCUCUUAGCUUUGCCCAUUUGACUUCAUUGGUGAAACUUGUUAGACCUUUCAGCCUGAGCAUUGAUAGAUGUGGAUGACACUAGGAGA